UAUCUUGCUAUCUAAUAGAAGCAAAGGUUGUUGCCCUCUUGUGGAAUGAUGCAUCACCCAAAGAGGCCUUUCAGCCUUCUGUACCUAUGAGAGACCUCCUCCCAAUUAGUCCCAACUUUGGCACUCUUUCACCAGAGCCUACAAGUUUUUCCCCUAUGCUCAUUUACUCAAAUCCCUUGACUUGUAUAGGUGUGCAGAAGAAUGACAUUUUACAUGCAAUCAGAUCAAAUUGUUAUUUUAAAAAUCUUAUGUAAAUAGCAUGUUUAAGUUGGUCUAAUUGAUUUGGUUUCCUCCUAAGCUUGCGAAUGGACUAGGGGUGUCAAGCCUUAAUUUUUCUGAGGACUGCAUUGCUUCCUUGGCUCAGUCUGCUACUCAGAGACUUCCUCUGCAGAACUCGUCAAUCACUACAUGCUGAAAGAUGGAGGGGCAGGAUCAAUGGUGUGCAGAUUUCUCACAGAGCUCUGUUGAAGCAGCCCCUUAUCGUGACCGUGCGAUCAAGCCUGCAGGGAGCCAUGGUGAGGACAGUGGUGACUGGCAGGUUAAGGCGUGGCCUCAGUACAUCGAGGAGCGGCUCCAGCGAUUUGAGAAACUGAAGGAAACCUAUGACCAAAUCCUGCAAGAGAGAGUUUUGAAGGAGAGUCGGCCGAUCAAGAUCCGGCUUCUGGAUGGGAAGUGUGUGCAGGGAGAGUCGUGGAAAUCCAGUCCUUAUCACAUCUUCAGAGAAAUCAGCCGGAGUCUGGCGGAGGGGGCGGUGGUGGCCAGGGUGAACGGAGUGCUGUGGGAUCUGCAGCGUCCACUGGAAGGGGAUGCAGACGUUGAGCUUCUGCAGUUUGGCAGCGAGCCAGCAAAUGCGGUGUACUGGCACUCCAGUGCCCAUGUGCUGGGCACUGCCAUGGAGCAGCUCUACGGAGGCUUGCUGUGCCGUGGCCCGAACACUGAGAGCGGCUUCUUCUAUGACAUGUACAUGGAAGGCAGGCUGAUCCCCAGGAGUGACUUCGCCCAGCUGGAAAGCAUCUGCCAAUCGAUGGUGAAGGAGAGACUCCCUUUCGAGAGGGUGGAGGUGAGGAGGGAGGACCUCCUUAAACUCUUCAAGUACAACAAGUUCAAGCUGCGGUUUAUCGAAGAGAAAGUGACGUCGCCAAUGGCUACAGUUUACAGGUGUGGGUCGCUGGUUGAUUUGUGUCGAGGACCACACAUAAGGCACACCGGCCAGAUCAAAGCUUUCCGUAUUGAGAAGAGUGGGGCUGUGCAUUGGGAUGGGAAACCCAACAUGGAGCCUCUGCACAGGAUCCAUGGCAUAUCCUUCCCGGAAAACAAAGCUCUGAUCGAAUGGGAUCAGUUGCAGGAAGAAGCAAGGAAUCGGGAUCAUCGGAAAAUUGGAAAGGAGCAAGAAUUGUUUUUCUUCCACGAGCUGAGUCCUGGCAGCUGUUUUUUUCUUCCCAAGGGAGCCCACAUCUACAACACUCUCACUGACUUCCUCAAGAAGGAGUAUCGGAGGCGAGGCUUUGUGGAGGUGGUGACUCCCAAUGUGUUCAACAGAAGACUGUGGGAGCGCUCAGGCCAUUGGGAUCAUUACAGCGAGAACAUGUUCUCCUUCAAGCUGGAGAAUGAGACAUACGCUCUGAAGCCUAUGAACUGUCCCGGGCACUGCCUGAUGUAUAACCAUCGCCCCCGCUCCUGGCGUGAGCUCCCGUUGCGACUGGCUGACUUUGGGGUCCUGCACCGAAACGAGUUUUCAGGGGCUCUCUCGGGUCUGGUGCGUGUCCGCCGCUUCCAGCAGGAUGACGCCCACAUCUUCUGUACCCUGGAGCAGAUCGAAGAGGAGAUUAAGGGCUGUCUGGACUUCCUGCAGACUGUUUACCAGGUCUUUGGCUUCAGCUUCCGCCUCUACCUCUCAACACGGCCGGAGAAAUUCCUGGGAGACGUUGCCGUCUGGGACCAGGCGGAGAAGCAGCUGGAGAGGAGUCUACAAGACUUUGGCCUGCCCUGGGAACGGAACCCAGGAGAUGGAGCCUUCUACGGCCCCAAGAUUGAUAUCCAGAUUAAGGAUGCAAUUGGUCGCAAUCACCAGUGUGCUACUAUCCAGCUGGACUUCCAGCUCCCAAUGAGGUUUGACCUGAGCUACAUCGGGAGAGAUAGCAGCAAUGCAGAGAGACCUGUGAUGAUUCACCGUGCUAUCCUUGGGUCGGUGGAGCGGAUGAUCGCAAUCCUGACAGAGAAUUAUGCGGGAAAGUGGCCACUCUGGCUAUCACCCUCGCAGAUCAUGGUGAUUCCCGUUGGCAACAGCACUGAAGAUUACGCACGCCAGGUACAUCAGCAGUUCUUGGAGGCUGGCUUCAUGGCGGACAUCAAUUUUGAUUCUGGAUCCACGCUGAACAGGAAAAUCCGGAGCGCACAGCUGGCACAGUACAACUUCAUUUUGGUCGUGGGAGAGAAGGAAAAAUCCACUGGGACAGUCAAUAUUCGCACCAGGGAUGGCAGACGGCAUGGGAUGAGAGAUCUCUCGGACACCGUACGGAGACUGGCUGAGCUGAAAGAGUCACGAUGCAAGAAUGCAGAGGAGGAAUUUUAACCCUGUGCUGGGAUGGCAGUGUGAGACUCUCACACCUUCGAUGGAUGUAACCCAUCCCCAGGCGUGACUACCUUCCAGACUCUGCAGCUAAGCUGCUUAGCUCAUUCCUCCCCUGUGUCCUGGGGCCUCUUGGCAAAGAGCUGCAUGCCCUCAGGAGGAGCUGGUUCUGUGUAGGAAUGUGGGGUGUGACGGAUGGGAGAGCUGGACCAGGCUGAGAAGGAAGUGUGGCAGGGUCAGAUGUGCGCCAGCCCCUCUUUUAUGUUGUUGCACCUGCUUCAUCAUAACAAAAAUCCUGUGCAAGUUGGCCACAUCGGCGUCCCUCCCCAACAUACCAACUCUUCCUCACUUGGCAUCUCCUCAGCCUCAAGUCACCAGCCUGACCCUGAAACUGCAAUUUGAACCCUGCCAGGGGCAGGAGACACAGUGAGUGUGGACCAGGCAGAUGCCGGAUCAUUUGUGACAAUGGAAUCUGUGCACCAGUGCCCUGACACAGAUGGGAUUUGUUUUCUUUGAAAACUGCCUGUUGUUAAUUCUGGAGAGACAGACCCUGGCGUUGGGUUUUGACUCGAUACAUUGACUGUUUUCACCGAGUUCCUCCAGCAGUUGUACUUCUGCUUCUCCUUUCCCUGUAAAGUUUCUAGCACUCCCUGGGUCAGUUCUUGCCCUGUGACAAUCUGACAGCAGCCCACAGCUAGAGGGAGAAAAAUAAUUAAUAAUUAAACUCGGUUUACGUCUCUAUUUCUCUACCCAAGUUAGUGUGGGUGACUGUGUGUUCAUGUGUGUGGAUGCUGGAUUUCUAAGAAAGGUUACAUGUAUAACGCACACACUCUGCAGGUCAGGCAGCAUCUAUGGCGAUGAAUAAAUAAUCAAAGUUUUGGGCUGAGACCCUUCAGAACCUUAGAUUAUUUGUUUAAUCUGCGUCUGUGACUGCGACCGUGUAGAUUCAUGUACAAUACGUGUCUUGUCAAUGUUCGCAUCACCUGCCUCUGAGUGCGUGUCUGUGUUUGCAUGCAACACGCUGUGUGUGUGCGUAUCUGUAUAUAAAGAUUGUUUUUCUCUCCCCUUAACACUGUUGACGUACGUACAUCUGUAUGUGUACUUUUCCCUCAGUCUCUGGUCAUCUUUCAGAGGCCUGGGAGCGUGAGGGUUUGGUGCAGGACCUUGCUGUUCCUCAUAGUGCACUCUUCUAGACUGAGGACUCAGACGUUGGUCCUGGGAUUUGUCGGAGCCAUUUCCCCAGUCCACGUGUCACUGCUGGCUUUAACCUUCCAUCUGCUCUUUCAAGCCCUGGUAUUUCUCCAGCUUCUUAUACUUUCUUCCUGAUGUCACUGUCAUUCAGGAUUGACACAUCUAUUACUAUUGCUUUCUUCUGUUCCUUGUCCAACAUUACCAUCUCUGGUUGGUUGGCCGGUCUGUAUUUGGAAGUCCCACAGGAUCUUAGCUCUGUCAUUCUCCACUGCCUUUUCGGGUGUUUCCCAUUUGGACUUGGGAUUGUCCAAUCCAUACUCAGCGCAGAGCUUCCUGUGCACAACUCCUGCAACUCGGUUGUGCUGCUCAGUGUAUGCUGUUCCUGCUUGCAUACUGCACCCUGCUACUAUGUGCCAGAUGGUUUCAGCAGAUUCUUUGCAGACUGGAUCUUGGGUCUUGUCUGGUGUGUUAGACCCCUGCUUCUAUUGCUGUUAUGCACAGUUCUUGUGCAUCCAUGAACAGCCCCUCUGUGCUGUCUCUCAGCUCUGCUGUUUCCAGCCAAUGGUAGGACUUUCUUACUUCAGCCACCUCUGAUAUCUGACGAUGUGUACAUCCCGUGCAGUGGCUUGUCCUGCCAUUGCCUCUGGUCCUUUGGCUCUGCUUCACCCACUUCCAUUUCCACGUCCCCUGCCUGCUGUAUGAGGUAUUCUAGCAGGUCAUCUUUAAGGGUCAUCUUCCUGAUAUACUCAUAGAUGUUCCACAUCUCUUCCAGGACCUUGACACUUCCUUUAUUCCGGCGGGUGUACAGCCACUUAUUGUUGAAGUUUGGAUGGAAUCCACCAUGUAUUGUUAGUAGUUUCCGGGUCUGGAUGUCAGUGGCUUCCAGUUCGUUCCCUAGCCAGUACACUAGUGCAGCUGGAUAUCUGAUGACUGGUCGGGUGACUAUGUUAAUGGCUCUGAUAUUUUUAGGGCCUGUAUCACUCUCUUGACAUACUUGGAUGUUGCAGCCUUCCUUGUGUUCUAACUGUGGCUUCCAUACACCUGCAGGAUCCCCAGGUACUUGUAGCUGUCCUGUGCAUCUCAUAUUGUGGCCUUCAGGUAACUUGACUCCUUCAGUCUUGAUGACUUUGCCUCUUUUCACUGCCACCUGGCUGCAAUUUUCCAAUCCAAGUGAUACUUCACUGUCUUUGCUGUGCACCCUUGUUCAGGUGGAUUAGUGUGUCAGUGGCUCUUUCAUUUCUGGCAGACAGCUUGAUGUCUUCCAUAUACAGGAGAUGGCUGAUUGAUGGUCACUCCACACUUGAACCUGUACCCAUGUCCAUUAUUUGAGACGAUCUGGCAAAGAGGGUUCAGGCCUGUGCAGAGCAGCAAAGAGGAUAGUGCAUCACCCUGGUAUAUUCCACGUCUGAUGGACAUUUGUGCUGUUGACUUGGAGUUAACAUCUAGCAUUGUCCUCCAAUGGCCCAUUGAGUUCUUGAUGAGGUCCUCAGUGUCUUGUUGACAUUGUGCAGAGACAGGCAUUGCAGGAUCCAUGUGUGGGCAGUGAGUUGUAUGCUUUCUGGUAGUUGAUCCAGGCUGUGCUUAGUUUGGUUUGCCUUGUCUUGGAGUCUCACAUGACUGCUUUGUCCACCAGUAUUGGUGCUUGGAGACUCUGAUUCCAUUACCAAUCGCCCUCUGAGCAGGGCUCGGGAAUUUACACAUGUUCCUUCAGCUUGGUGGCUGUGAUGCCUGACAGGAGCUUCCAUGUUGUUGACAGGCAGAUUAAAGGCCAGUAGCUUGAUAGUGUUGCUUCUUUGUGAGGAUCCUUAUUUUUGAGUACUGUCCUUCCUUGAGUUAGCCAGCCUGCUUCAAGCAUCUGGUUAAUUUGAGCUGCCGGCAGUGUAUGUAAUGCUGUCAGUUUCUUCACCCAGUAGGUGCAGAUCAUGUCAGGCCCUGGUGACGACCAGUUCCUCAUACUUGCUACCUGUUGCUGUGACGGUGACUGGUUCUUCCUCUGGGAGGUUGUAGAGGUUUGCUUGUAGGUCUUCUGGCCACUGGGUGCUGGUGUUAUGGGAUGCCUUUCUCCUGUUAUGCACCAGCAGCAGUAGAUAUGAAAUUGAGUCAGGUUUUUAUAAAUAAACAAUGAAAAUUUAUUAAUCUUUACUCAGAAACAUCGAAAAGUAAACAAAUAACUAACUUAAACGGAAGUUAACAGUGUUAUGUGUCUAUAGUUAUCAAACAGUCAAACUUAGAGAUAAUUCUUAACAGAGAUUCAAACACAGUCUUAAAGUGGUAGUUUAAUAAGUCCAUACGAUUCAUAAAGUAGGGGAGAGGAGAGGCUUCCCGAACCAGCUUUGAAUCGAUGUUUGAAGAAAGACGAAACUGCUGAUGCAGAUCCCGGCUGAUAAUUGCCUUUUCCAAAGAUCCCGAAGAAUAAGAUUUCUCAAAGUAACUGACCUUUCGCCAGAGGUGGUCAACACACACCUGACACCUUGCAGGGGUUAACCAAAAGUGCGUGCCUCACUUCGAUAUACACGCAACGUUGUUGAUUCCUGCUUAAUUCUUUGGCUUCACACGAAGUUGGUAUCUCUUCACUCUCUCUCUGACUAUGAUGACGUAACCACCGACUGUGAUUCCCAACAAAACAACUACGCAACAAAUUAUUGUCUCCCCUUUUAUACCAGUGGGACAUGCCAUAACAUGAUAUCACAUCACCCCACUAUCAGAAGGCAAUUACAUCAUUCCAAUAUCACAAGACGAUUACAUCAUGCUCAUGAGAAACUCACAGGACAGGUAACACUCCCGUAUACUUCCGGUACUCCUCAGUUACUAUUCAAGUACUGGCAUGUUGUUACUCUGAAAGCUGUGAGAAUACUUUUCCUGUUUCUUUGGAGAAGAGUGCUAUUAUUCACUUGGCCUCUGCAUCCUUGGUGUAACUUUGUAGCCCGAACCAUUACUUGGCAGUUUUCAGGGCUUCGGCUAUGGACAUACCUCUGUACUUCCUCAGUAGCUGAGAUGAGUCAUUGCGCAGCUCAGUUAGUCUGCUAACCUCUGCCGUUGUGGUUUUCAUCUUGGCUUCCCAUCAUCAUCUGUGGGGAAGGGGGUUUUGACAGUAUUCAUUUUGUAGUUCAGCAUUUCUAGAACAGCUGCUGCUGAUGCAUACGUCAGGUUACUGGUCUCAGUUAAGUUGGAGGUUGCAGUUUUGAGUAGUGCUUCAUGGGCUGCUUCUAGCAUGCUGUCUGAUGGAAUUUUAUCACCAUGUCUGGGGAGCUUAGUUUGUUGAUUGACAGUUUAGCCAUGAUCUUAUCAUGGACUGUAGCAGUCAGCAUUGAUGUGCCCCAAGAUGAGGUUUGAAUGUGCAUUUCCCAUGUACGAGACAAUUUUAUUACCUUUGCGCCAUCUCUGAGUUGUGGAGGUGAGGUUUGAACUCAUGUUUCCUCAUUGACUUGGUUCUGUGGUGACGUUGCUGCGGUGCAUCGUGAUUGUGCGUCCAAUUCAAGAUGUGAUAGCAAUCCUCUGUCGACAGUGUUUGCUCACUCACUGGGUAACCAGCAGUUUUCAUUAAUGUGGAUGAUGGUCUUCGUCAUUGCCAGAGGCACACAUGUGCUUGGUGUAUCUUCUUUCUUGUCAGUUGCUGUUAAAGUAGUAUUCCAUUGAUUUCAUGUUGUCCUGUCUUGUCCAUUUAUGUGUGCGUGUGUUGGGGGGGGUCUCUGCCUGUGCAUGUGUGUGGAUGCCCAUCCCCUGCUCGGUCCGUCUGCACUCUGGAUUGAUUGCGGUUAGCAGAACACAAGCUGGAGCUAAAUGUUGGAGUAUUCCUGAGCAGUGCUGCUACUGACAUGGGAUGGUAGGAUUGGAUUAUCCGUAGGAAGCGCAGGCUGAAAUUCCAACCUGGAGGGGAGAACGCUGGGCAGAAUUGAUGUACAGAACAUCUCAAAUAAAAGUGUCUGGGUAAAAAUAAGUCAUCGUUA